UCAAGCCAAGUCAAAACUGCUGAGAAAAUACAAAAAAGUGAACUGAGUGAGGAGGAAACAAACAAGUGUUCUAUACUUGUUGGUAGCUGUUCUUCUUUCUUCAUUGAGCUAUGGUUCAUUAGUAGUUCUUGUCUAGUGUCAUCAUGGGAAAGUCCGAUUCCAAACUUGGAGGUGUUAGUUACGACGAAGCGGCCAGAAAGGCCUCUGAGGAUGAGUUGGCUCGCCUUCGGAAUGCCUUCAAGCGAGCAUCGCAUGCUGGGUAUAUGAACAAAUCGUUGUUUGCUCGUGAAGUGCUGACGGAUGCUGUGCCUCCUCAAUUAGCUUUGCAAAUUUACGAGGCUGUGGCGACUAGCAAUCGUGGUGUUUCCCAGCGUGAAUUGAUCUCCUUCCUGGUCCUCUUGUCUUGUGGUACAACUGAACAACGGAUGAAAUUGCUCUACAGUAUUUGCUCACGCGAUGGAGAGACCGUAACACAACCUGCUUUGGACGGACUUAUUGUCGCAUGCGAUGGAAAGUCACCGCAGGGUUUGGCGGAGUUAUUUGAAUCACACCCUCGCUCCAAGAAGUCUGGCCAAUCCUCACGUCACCAGCAGCUGCAAAGCGAGAUCUCCGACACUGUGGACUUUGAGAAGUUUUCUAACUGGGCUAGGAAGCAUUACAAGUCUGUGUCGUUCAUGCACUGGUUACUGGGUGAAGAGCCUGGUACACAGCCCUGCCUAUCAGAUAACAGUCAAACACCAACAUUCUACCAAGUGCUGGCUGGAAUGACGCAUUUGAACGACACUGAGGUUGCAGAGUUGGAACGGCGGUAUUGGCAGCUGAAGGCAUCUAGCAAGACCGGGAAGUUAGACCUGGAGACACUAACACCAAGCAUCUCACCGCCGUUACCACUACCUGCUUGUGCUGGUUUGUAUGCAGCUAUCGAUACCAACAGUGAUGGUCAUUUGGACUUCAAGGAGAUGUGCUGUGCAAUCUCAACAUGUUGUCUAAGUGAGAAUGAUCAGGAGCAGUUCAAAUUCUGCUUCCGUGUGUUUGACAUUGAUCGUGAUGGUGUGCUCAACACCGCUGAACAGGCGUCUAUGUUCAACACACUGGCAUUGAUUACGUACGCUAAUGUCAACGGAACGGGCUCUGUACCGUCUGACGAGGUCCUUGCUAAUCUUGUUGCAAAGUUGGAAGACAACUUGAAGACAACACUGAAUAAUGAGACAGAAAUUCAGGCUUUGUCAGUAGAAGACUAUUGCACUUGGGCCAAGUCUUCAUCAGUACCUCAGGACUUCUUGAAGCUUCUUGUGGAGAUCUGUCACAUUUGUCUUGGAUUGCGGCCCCGAACACCGACUGAAGAAGGCUGCGUGGUUCGGCGUUGGAUUGCUCGUGAUCAACUGCUUGGUUUUAAAGUUGACUCCACUCUUCAUCUAGUCUCUCGCCAGUGGUUCAAUAUGUGGCUGGAGCAUACGAAUUCACCCAUUCCCGCAAGUCAUGGCCGAGGAGGAACAUCCAGUUCUACUAGCCACCUUGUUGUUGGCGGUGUCAGCGAUGCCAAUGCCCCCCACCACGCUAGCAACACACGCGGCAGUACUAGCAGCCCUGCUAUAACUGCCAGCAGUCCUGUCGAAAGCAAGGCCAUGGCAACCGAGUACACAGCUGUAUCCGUAUCUAGAAGCAAAGAGGCAACCACACCGGAAGGCGAUGGUUGUCUUCCCCAGCCUUCCAGGGCCUCCCUGGGCAAGACAAGAUCAUCAACACGCUCCAACCCCAAGAACAGCAGUGGCAGUGGGAGUGGCAGUGGCAGUGGUGGUGUUGGCAGCAGCAGCAGCAGCACUGGCGGUGGCAGCGCUGUCGUCAGCACUAAGAGUACUAAUACUGAUAGUGCUGAUCUUGAUGAUUCUAGCACAUCCGGUCUUGGACCCAUUGACAAUAGUGUUCUCUGCACUACUGAUUCCAGGAAGAUGUCAAUGAUUAUUACAAGCGAAGGCGGUCAGUUGAAGCGGGGUCUGCACAUUGACCGAGACUUCACGUAUGUAACAGAGCCAGUAUGGAGAGCCCUGUGUACCUGGUACAACGGAGGCCCUUCACUACCCAGGACGGUGAUCCAAGGUCCGUCUGGUCCUGGCCUGGAACUCUACAUGUACUCUAUCAAGUUCUAUCGUCACACCACCAAUCCUAACCUGGGUCGUAGCUCUACCGCAGGUCAUGCUAUGAGUCACUUGAGUACCUUCUGGUCCUGGGCAGUCAGUAUGCUGGGUACCAGCAGUGGCACCUCGUCAAUGACAGCGUACUAUCCUACAUCUGCUGCUGUGUCAUCUUCAUCAGCACAUUCAUCCGGUGCUGCGUCUUCUGCUGCUGUUAGUCAGCCACCAUUACCUCGACGCUACCUUGCUUACUACGCCUCACUCAGCCGCAAGCUAACACUCACACAGCUGGAAGAGUUCAUUCAGCAGAAGAUGUUUUUGAAGCCUGAUGAUUUCCGACUGUGGCAAAUGAAAGAAGAUUCUCCAACAACACUGCUCGAAGACAGUACUAUUUCUCUUGAGCGCUUGCAGCUGGAUGGGAAAAGCCUACUUCUGGAAGUGCGGAACAAGGAUUUGACAUGGCCAGAGGAGAUACUCAGCCUGGCAGCGGCUGCCAAAUCCAAGAAAGAAGAGAAGAAGAAGUCGACUAGUUCAAGUCAUGUGGAGCGAGGCACUACUGGCCUUAGUAACCUUGGCAACACGUGCUUUCUGAACUCAGCAGUACAGUCGCUGAGUAACACACAACCUCUGUCCAUGUACUUCUGUGCUAACAAACAUCUUGAUGAACUAAACAGGAGCAACCCCAUGGGAAUGAAGGGUCAUGUGGCCAAGCGUUAUGGUGAUCUGGUGCAUGAUCUGUGGAGUGGUACAUCCAAGAGCAUUGCGCCGCUCAAGCUCAGAUGGACCAUCGCUCGCUAUGCAACACAGUUCAACACAUUUCAGCAGCAGGAUGCUCAGGAGCUACUGGCUUUUCUCCUGGAUGGUCUUCAUGAAGAUCUGAACCGCAUAGAAAAGAAGCCGUAUGUUGAACUGCAAGAUAGCGAUGGACGUGAAGAUACCGUUGUAGCUCAGGAGGCAUGGGACUACCAUCUGAAGCGCAACUUUUCGGUCAUUGUAGAUAUGUUCCAUGGACAGCUGAAGUCAAGCCUGCGCUGCUUGGAGUGCGGUCAUACAAACAACCGAUUUGACCCUUUCACGUUUCUCUCACUUCCACUACCAAUGGAGAACACAGUCUACCUGGAAGUCAUCAUGGUACGUCUUGAUGGCAGUGUUCCUGUGCGCUAUGCGUUCCGCUUGAACCCGGAGAGUCGCUAUGUUCUUCUGAAGACUGAGCUGUCUAACCUGACACAGGUUGCUCCUAACCAGCUGCUGCUUGUGGAGAUCUUUGCGUCUUCCCUACGGAAUGUGCUGGUGGAGUCUAACAAGCUGCGGCAGACACUGUCUGGUUUGCUGUAUGCGUUUGAAGUACCCAAGCCCUCAGCAAUCGAACCGACAGCAAGCUGUGCAAGUGUGGACAGGCUACAUGCAGUCCAGCGACUACAGACACUGGCACCGACCAGAACUAGCAACUCAUUAUCGCCAACCGACUGUGCUCCUGCAAGUACCACCACCACGACCACCGCAGGCACUUCUGCUGAUGGAGAUGUUGCUAGCAAUGGCAGUGAUUCUGCUGGCAAUGGCAGUGCUGGCGCUGCUGCUGCUACUGCUACUGCUGCUGAUGGAUUAGACACGACGGAGAAUGGUCACCACCGUACUCGCGCUGAACCCACCAGUAACGAGCCGACUGAGGACAGCAAGGCUACACGGCAUCAUGCACUGGCACCACCUAGUGCAGCCACCGCCACAUCUUGUGCUGCAUCCAAUGAUCUCACCUCUCCAAUCCAGUCCGCCCUCUCACCUCAAGCACACCAUGGAGAUGUUGUGGAUGAUGAAUAUGUACAUGUGGAUACUGACAGUAGUGUGUCGUCACCACCACUACCAGGAGCAGCGGCUGCAGCAACAGCGACUAGUGCAGUCCUGUCUAACGCAAGUCCAGUUCCGGCAGUAGCAGCAGGGACAUCACCGUGUGUCGCUGCGAGCACCACGUCAGAGUUUGAUGGGUUUAUAUUCGCCUUCCAUCGCAAAUCGUUCCUGUCGGACAUCUACUUCUUAGCCCACGGCAAGUCCAAGCCUGGCAUAUUUGGCAUACCUGUAGCUGUACCUUGGGAUAAGCAAACAACACAUCUGGAUCUCUAUCGGUCUCUGUCACGCCAGCUGAAGAGAUUCAUUGCUUCACCCGACCCAGAUGCAGCUGUCAAUGAGAAUGACUAUCCGUUUGUACUAAAGAGUGUACGUAAGGAUGGUCUACUGUGCUCACAAUGUCCAUGGUGGAAGUUUUGUUCUGGCUGUACUAUCGUAUGUGAUGAGACUUCGUUUGACAGUGUAGCUACACGCUACAUAGCCAUUGACUGGGACUCUACUGCAUUGCACCUGCGCUAUCAGAAUGCACAGGAGAGGGCAAUGGAGGAGCAUGAGAGCAUCAAGAAAUGUCAAGAAAGUCUGACAGAGGCGAUUUCUUUGGAAGAGUGUUUGGCAGCGUUCACAAAGGAAGAAGAACUCGGCGAAGAUGAUCCAUGGUACUGUAGUAAGUGCAAGAAGCAUCAGAGAGCAGUGAAGAAAUUGGACAUUUGGAAGCUGCCUCCUAUUCUGGUUGUCCAUGUAAAGCGCUUUCAGUUUGUCAACGGCCAGUGGGUCAAGUCUCAGAAAGCUGUCAAGUUUCCUGCUUCCGACUUCUCUCCUCCGUCAUUAUCACCGAAUUAUCUUCAGCAGCAGCAGCAACAGCAUGGCUCAUCGCGAUCGCAAUCUCCUGAUUCCGAUUCCAUGUCGGCGGCAACAACGCAAGCAGUAGGCAGAGGAAGCACUGCUUCGUCUUCGCUACCAGCUAAAGCUACCAAUGGUAGUGUUGCGCCAAACGGGAAUGGGCUCUCCAGUGCAGUUGUGCCAGCAGUAGAUAGCAGCACAGAAGCAGUGCCAGCAUUGCCGGCAUCAGCUGAAAGUGCAGGUACAGGUACUGAGCUAUCAGCAGCAGCAGCUGGCACUAGCAGUAGCACAUCUACUGCUGGUGACACGCAUGCUGCUGCGGCGGCUGCAGACGCUACUCAGUCUGCUGUAGCUAAUACUGCUACUACUGGUAGCAGCAACAGUAAUGUGCCUGUGGAAGAUGCUCUACCUUCAUCUCAAGAUACUUCAGAGAUGACACCUGCUGCUGCCGCCACUACUGCUGCCACAAGUAGUGAUGAGUGUGGUAUCACGAAUCCUCUUGCUAGCUUAUCCAGCCCGGUGGCUGUGGAGAGUGACCCAUUGAACGACGAGGUCGCUCUGCAAGGCAUAGCCAAGACCAUUCAAGAUGAGAGUCUGAAAGAUCGGCUAGGCGGCGGUGACAAGAUUGAUGAGCAGACAUUGAGUCUUGCCAAGCUGAAUGACGCUAGCGCUAGUGCCAGUGCUGGUGCCACUGCUUCUAGUGCAGCAGCUGUGGCCAGUAGUACUAGUGCUGAUACACCAACGUGUGCAUCACCUAGCCAAUCAUCUGUUAGCAGUCGCAAGUCUCGCACUCAUCCAACUAUGGCAGAACGUUUGGGAAAAGCAGCUACAACACCAGACCAGACUGAUGAGACAUACAACUUGUAUGCCAUGACGACACAUCAAGGUUAUUUGGGUGUUGGUCACUACGUCACGUUUGCUUGCAAUCCUAAUGGAAACUGGUAUUGUUAUAACGACAGCAGUUGUAAGGAGAUUGAGCGUACCCGUGUUGAAGAUGAGUCGCCGUAUCUGCUCUUCUACGAGAGUAGUUCCAUUGACUACAACAAGUUCUUGCGUCAUGCUAAGCGGCGUGCAAAUAACGCCACGGCCGGCAACAGCCUGGAUGAGGAAGAUGAGUUAGAUCGCGAGAUGCGUAAUGGCUGUUCCAUCAUGUGAAUGGGAGAGGCAGAGAGUAUCGUGGAGCGUACAGCGGAGAACGCAGCUUGAUUCUGAGAUGCUUGGGCGGCAAUAUGCGCACACACAUCACCAGUCUUCUCUUCUCUCUGCUCACUGUACUCACUGCAGCUGGUGCUGUUGUGGUGGUCAGGUGAGGCUUUGUUGUGUUACUGGUGUGUGUGUGUGUGUGUGUGUUGCUGCUACUGCUGGUGUGCCAGUGCUGGUGCUGGUGCUGUUGUCAGGCAAGCCUCAGUUGUGUUGUUCCUGUCCUGCGUUCCUCUUGCUAGUGCAAUGUCCAGUGCUAGUGCUAGUGCUAGUGCUAGUGUUGGUGGCAUUACAGACAGUCUGACCUGGUCACAUAGUGCUAUCAGUACCAGUAGUUCCAUUGGCAAUGCUGCUGCUCCAUCGCACUCCACUGCGGGCAAUAAAUCUUGCCAGAUCUUGUCCUUACUCAUUGUCCCAGUAUGCAGCAGAUGCCAGCUUUGGUGACAUCUAUGCUAUGUUAUACUGUGCGGAGUUGUUUGCUGGUCUGCCCCAGUACCCUGGCAUGGUUGGUCGGUGAUUGUUUCCAUGGUAAUCUCUUGGUCAGUGUUGGCGGUCAGUGACUGUUGAUUCGUGUUGAAGGAUCUAGUCAACGGCGACAGGAUUUGUAGUCUUUCAUUUUGCGAGUGCAUGCGUGUGACUUUCUAUCAGCAUAUUGUUGUGUUGUUAUGACUGCCUGGUGCAGCACUCUGUUUGCUCAUAGUUAGCUUUUCGUUUGUAAUGCUGCUGCAGCUGUGCUGUUUUGUAAUGCUGCUGCAGCUGUGCUGUUUUGUUGCUGCUGCUGCUGCUCCUAUUUGUGUCAUUGCUGUUGUGGCGUGUGAUGGCAGUGCGUUUGCGCGUGUUUCAGCCGUGUUGUUCUACAACUAGUUAGUUGCACUCUUUCUUAUCGUCUUCAAGCCGUGAUCAAGUCAUGACCGAGCCUCCCAUGACCAAACUAACACUGCUACACACGCUCUGCUCUUUCCACCGAACUUUGUCACUUUUUUAUAUAUUCUUGUUGUUAACCAAUUUGUUUCCCCUUCUCAGCAGCAGCAUCUUGAUAUGCACAGCACAUCCACCAUUGAUAUCACUGUCCAUGUUUGUAUGUGUGUGUGUCUGUGGUGGCAAUAGAUAGACCCCGAGCAAACACUUAGUAUGGACCUGAGCCCACGCACAUGUGUGUAUGUGUGAGGCGCUGCUCUGGUCCGGCCGCCCUGCCAUCCUAUUUCCAUAUUGCUAUUAUCCUGAGCACACAUGUGUGAUACUACUCUUUCUUAUGUAAUGUUGUUGCUACUGUUGCUAGUAGCACCCUCUGCACAUUGUCAGUGCACAAUGCUGUUGUUCUUUUCUAAUCCACUUUCUAUGUCCCCCCCCCCCCUCUUUCCUCGUCGCUGAUUUCUGCAAGGCAGAUGCCUGUGUUUUCUGCAAGGCAGAUGCCUGUGUUUUCUGAUUGCAUGCUUUUAACUGCUAUGCGUGCUGCAUGCCUUGCCGCUUGUCGCUUUAUUUUCGCCAUGUUUCUGAUUCUCCUAACGCGCAUUGCUGCCACUGCCACUGGUGAUGUUCCUAACGUGCCAGUUGCUGCUCUUGCGUGCACACGUGUGUGCUGCUCCAGGAGGCAUCUUGGAGUCUGUGAGGUGGCCUGCAUGCAUCAUCUUAUUUUCAUGAUAUUGUCAACUGUACAUCUUUCAUGACAGCAGCCACUAAUAUUGCCGGUAUGUGUUGCUGGUGCUGCCCUGCCCUGCCCUGCCCUGCUCUUCUUCCUGUUCUAGUUUCACUGAUAUGCAUACGUCAUGCCCUGACUCUGCACAACACACACACACACACACACACACACAUCAGUGUGAGUGCUGCCUAGGCGUGUGUGUAUUCUGUGUGGCCUGUUAUACACUCUCUUUUCCGUGUCUCAAGUUUUUCUACUUCUACUGCCACUGCUGCUGCUGCUGUCAUUUUCCUGGUUUUGCUGGUGCUCGUGUUCAUCAUGGCCGGACCCUGUAGACCGCAGUAGCAGUAUCUGCUUGUAUCUCUUCAAGAGUGGGGUAGCUUUGACAAGGUCUGUAUUCUCAAUUUCUUCUGUCCAUGAUAAGACGACAACCUUUCUCUUUGACAGGCAUUCUCUUCUUGCCUGUCCUGGUCUCUGCUUUCAUGUUACUCAUCAAACGGUUUUUUUCUCUCAUGCCUGUACAUGUGGCUUGGUUGCUCUGUGCACUUUUUGUCAUAUUUACUCUCAUGCAACACAUGCCAACUCUAUUUCUGAUAUUUCUUGAUAUCUGCUUGUUUCAAUUGUUUGGUUUUUGUUGGUGAAUUUUACUCGUUUUCAGUCCAAUCUCCAA